UUUGGGGUCUUUGACUCAGAGACCCUGUGACUCUGUGAACUUGAGACCCCAUGACCCUCUGAUGGAUGACCUGGGGAAACAGAGUCCUCUGAUGUCUGUCUAUGCUGAUACACAUCACAUCUUCUACCUGGUUCAGAACAUGGUGUCCAGUCUGCUCCUGGAUCAGCCAGAUGAUCCCAUCACACACCUGAUUCACCUGUUGAAGACAACCAACAUGGACAUUCCCAGGAUACUGGUCCUCGGACCUCCUGCUGUCGGGAAAACCACUGUGGCACGGAGGCUAAGCACUGACCUCGGAGUCGCCCAUGUGACCUCAGACAGCUUACGGAAUGACCAAUCAGAGCUCAGCGAGCGUGCAUGCCACCACACUGUCCCUCAGCAGGAUAAUGGGGUGGAGCUGACGGUCAGACGGGUUCUUCAGAGACUGAACCAUGUGGACUGUUUGACUCGGGGUUGGGUACUGGAUGGGAUUUCUCAGACUCGUCAGCAGGCCCUGGCUCUCCAGCAGGCCGGGGUCAUCCCACUCCAUGUCGUGAUGCUGGAUGCUCCUGAUGACAUGCUGUUGGAGAGGAGUCGAGGGAGGCUGGUGGACCCGGUAACAUCAGAUAUCUACCACCAAACUUUCAUUUGGCCGGCUGAUGACGCUGUGGCCGAGCGCCUGGAGAAGCAGGAGAGUCCGCACACGCAGCACCUGGCUGAAUUACACCAGUACCGCAGUGAGGUCACCGGCCUGAGCUCUGCCUACCAACAUGUGCUGAAGGCUGUCAGUGCUGACCAGCCGCACGCAGACGUCUACCAGCAGGUGCUGGCUUCAGUCCAGACUUUUCCUGGAUUCAGAAUUCACAGAAUCCUUCUCCUGGGUCCACCAAGGUCAGGAAAGAGUCACCAAGCCAGGUUGCUGUCAGACAAAUACAAGAUGGUGGACAUCUCUUGUGAUCAGCUGUUGCGUUCUGCAGCAUCAGAUGGUUCAGGAUUAGGAGAAAAUGUCCAACUCUACCUGGAUGACGGCCAACCAGUUCCGGACAUCCUGAUGCUGAGGUUGUUGGAGGAACGGCUGAGCCAAGCGGACUGCAGGAGCAGAGGCUGGGUUCUCCACGGCUUUCCCCUAGACCUGAGGGAGUCCCAGUACCAGCCCACUAGUGUUGUGUUCCUGGAGUUGUCAGAUGAUCUUUGUUUGGAGAGGGCCACUCUGCGAGCAACAGACCCUGUGACCGGAGAACGGUUCCAUGGUGUCAACCGACCUGCUCCAAGUUCUGAGGUCCAGAACAGACUGCAGACCAGACCUGAAGAUCACCCAGACUCUGUGACUCAGUCUUUGAUCCAGUACAAGACUGCCAGAACCACUCUGCAGAGUGUGUAUCCAGAUGCAAUCCACAUCGAUGGGGAUCAGGAUCCUGUGUCUGUAUUUGAGGCUCUGGAGAUUCGACUGAUGUCCUGUUCCAGUGUUGCCAGAUCUUCUGAAAGAAACAAGCAACAACAUUUGUGAAAACAAUCAGCAGCAGCUCAUUAUAUUUAUGGAUCAUUUUAAGUCAGUUAGUCAAGAAAAA